GCUGGGAAUGGGGCAGGGCUCCGCUCCCAAACUGCAGCUUGAGUCAGUUGUGUGGAGGUGGCAACGGCAGCAGCUCCGACUGGCACACCGGCACGGCUGGCACACCGGCACGGCUGGCACACCGGCUCCCCUUGGCACACCGACCCCAGCCCUUGCCCGACCGCCUGCAGAGCCCAGGCCACCAGCACCCAGGGUCCCACGGAGCCAUCCUGACUGGACCCAGCCACCCUGCCCCAGAGGAGGUUGUGGGGUCCCUCCAACCCCCGGAGCACCCCACCCCUGUGCUGCCCCCAGGAACCUCCCUGACACCGCGGGGCACCAAGCCCCGGGCAUGACGAUCACCUGCCCAGCCCCCUGACGGCACUGAAGGCAGCGGCCGCCCUCGGCCCUGAUGCCAUUCGCCCACGGGGCUGCGUGCCCCCCGGCCCGGCCGGCUGCCCCCCGUGCCCCAGCUGGCAUGGGUGCUGUGCCCGAGCUGUGUUCGCAGGCCCCGCUGGCCGUACUCUCCAAGGUGGAGCUGCGGGUCAGCUGUAAACACCUCCUGGACCGAGACACCCUCAACAAGUCAGACCCCUGCGUCCUGCUCCUGAUGCAGUCCCAGGGCCAGUGGAUGGAGGUGGAUCGCAGCGAGGUGAUCAAGAGCAACCUGAACCCCGUGUUUGCCAAGAUCUUCACGGUCGAUUACUACUUCGAGGAGGUACAGAAGCUGCGGUUCGAGGUGUACGACAGCCAUGGCCACGCUGGCGUGGGCACGCACGACGAUGACUUCCUGGGGGGCAUGGAGUGCACUGUGGGGCAGAUCGUGGCGCAGAAACGGGUGACGAAGCCGCUGUUCCUCAAGUACGGGAAGUUCGCAGGCAAGUCCACGAUCACGAUCAUCUCUGAGGAGAUUUCAGGGAACAAUGGCUACGUGGAGCUCGCCUUCCGUGCCAAGAAACUGGAUGACAAGGACCUCUUCAGCAAGUCAGAUCCCUUCCUGGAGAUCUACCGCAUCGACGACGACCGCAGCGAGCAGCUCGUGUACCGCACUGAGGUGGUGAAGAACAACCUGAGCCCUGUCUGGGAGCCCUUCAAGGUGUCUCUCAACUCACUCUGCAGCUGUGAGGAGAAGAGGAAGCUGAGGGGUGUGGUAUGGGACUACGAUUCACGGGGCAAACACGACUUCAUCGGGGAGUUCUUCACCACCUUUGAGGAGAUGCAGAAGGCGAUGGGGGAGAACAAGGUGCAGUGGGACUGCAUGAACCCCAAGUACAAGAUCAAGAAGCGCAACUACAAGAACUCGGGGGUCGUGGUGUUGCUGGACCUGAAGAUCCACAGGGUCUACUCCUUCCUGGACUACAUCAUGGGUGGCUGCCAGAUCCACUUCACGGUUGCCAUCGACUUCACAGCCUCCAAUGGGGACCCCCGAAACAGCUGCUCCCUGCACUACAUCAACCCCUACCAGCCCAACGAGUACCUCAAGGCGCUGGUUGCUGUGGGUGAGAUCUGCCAGGACUAUGACAGCGAUAAGAAAUUCUCAGCUCUGGGCUUUGGUGCCAGGAUCCCCCCCAAGUAUGAGGUUUCCCACGACUUCGCCAUCAACUUCAACCCUGACAACGAUGAGUGUGAGGGUAAGUCCAGCUCUAGCAGGGUCCAGUCCAUGGCCAGGGUGUCCCUUCUCACUUCUCACACCCCCGCAGGCAUCCAGGGUGUUGUGGAGUCCUAUCAGAGCUGCCUGCCGAAAAUCCAGCUCUACGGCCCCACCAACGUGGCUCCCAUCAUCACCAAGGUGGCUCGUGUGGCGGCCAAUGAGGAGCGGACCAAGGAAGCAUCGCAAUACUUCAUCCUGCUGAUCCUGACGGACGGGGUGGUGACAGACAUGGCAGACACGCGGGAGGCCAUUGUCCGGGCCUCCUACCUGCCCAUGUCCAUCAUCAUCGUCGGGGUAGGCAACGCCGACUUCACCGACAUGCAGAUCCUGGACGGCGACGACGGUGUCCUGCGCUCCCCCAAGGGCGAGCCCGUCCUGCGCGACAUCGUCCAGUUCGUGCCCUUCCGCGAGUUCAAGAACGCGUCACCCACAGCCCUGGCGAAGUGCGUGCUGGCAGAGGUGCCCAAGCAGGUGGUGGAGUACUACAGCUACAAGGCGUUCCCCCCGCGCUGCCCCCGGCCCCCCACCCCCGACUCCAGCCUUGGCUCCCCGCAGUGAGAGACCCUCACUGCCCCCAACCCAGCCUCAGUUUCCCCCAGUGAGGAACUCCCAGCCCCCACUCCACCUUCAGCUCCCCUAGUUAGAGAUCCCCAGUGCCCUCAGCCCCAGCACUGGGUCGCCUCAGUGAGGGACCCCCGACCCCAGUCUUGGCUACCCCCAGUGAGGAUCCCCUGCUCCCCCCGGUGUGGCACAGGGACAGACGGGGUCCCCGUGAGUCCCAGCCCUGCCACAGCCCCCUCGGCUGGGACACGGGGUAGGUCCCGGCCCCCUGGUGCUGGACACCCUCUGCACUGCUCCGGGGUCCCCAGCAGGCACUGCCCACUUCUGGAGUUCUGUGCCCUGCAGCCUGUUCCCACUCCAUCCCUACUGUCCCCUUGGUCCUCUUGGUCCCCGCUUCUCUGUCACUAUGAUGUUUGGAGGCUGCAUGACUCCCACAAUAAAGCAAGACCCCUGUGCCCAUC